AUUCCCUAGUCUCAUCCCUAACCUCCAAGUUUCUCUGCAAGUAACUAGGAGAGAUAUGGAAGGCUCAUUUUUUUCUAGCCAUUUCCUUCCAGCUCUUCUCAUUUUUCUUUCCCUUACUUCCUACAUAAACUUAAGCUCAGCAGCCAGGCCUGCUGCUGAUAAAGCCAGCACCGAGUUCAUCCGAACAUCUUGUGGUACAACCACUUAUCCCAGACUUUGCUACACCUCCCUCUCAGCUCAUGCCAGUGUAAUCCAAACCAGCCCAAAGCUUCUAGCAGACACAGCCCUUGCUGUGACCCUUUCAACCGCACGAUCUACAUCAUCCCUGAUGUCAAAGAUGGUGCAAAGUCAUGGCCUAAAGCCUAGAGAAGUUGCAGCCAUGCACGACUGUGUGGAAGAGUUGAGCGACUCAGUAGAUCAGCUUCGAAGAGCAAUGGGGGAGAUGACCCAAAUAAAAGGCUCCAAUUUUGGGCUCAUGAUGGAUGACAUACAAACAUGGGUUAGUACUGCCUUGACGGAUGAGGACACGUGCACUGAUGGGUUCGCCGGAAACGCCAUGAAUGGGAAUCUAAAGACCACCGUGAGGGCUCGCAUAGUUAACAUGGCGCAUAUGACUAGCAACGCCUUGGGUUUGAUCAAUAGUUAUGCUUCCCUUCACAAUUAGCCAACUUAGGCGUUUCUAAGCGGCUAAGGUUCAAUUGGGGUACUAAUUAAUCCUAAAUGCCUUGCUGCAAGAAACAUGGAAUGCUACUAGGUGUGGGUCCUGACUGCUCUUCCAUUGAGUGGUUGUAGCAAGUCUAUUAGAGAAAUCGUACCGAUAUAUGUAUUUUGUGUGCUAGAUGAUGGUUGGGUCAGUUGCUUCAUAUCCAUUAUAGUACAAUUUUCAACCUUA